AAUAAUAUAAUUAUUUUGUGAGUUUAUUGAUUUAAAUCGAACAAACCGUUCGUCUUUAGCCAACUCGUUGAAAUUUUAUCGGUGAAGUGGAUAUGUGAUACAUUACAACUUGUAGAACAAUCGCGUAAACUAGUGUACGAUUGAGGUUAGCUAUACACAAGCACUCUGCUUAAGAUGUGUGUUCGCAUAUGGCUAGAGGUGGGGCACGCUUGCGAACCGCGCCGCUCCGCCACUGGCCGCGCUCUGGCACUGGACUGGCGAGUGUGGGUGCGUGGCGUCAGCGGCCACGAUAUUAGCACCUUCGUACACAAAGUCGUUUUCCACUUGCACCCCGCCACAGCUUUCGUGUAUCCCAAAAGAGUGCUCCAGGAGCCGCCAUACGAAAUCCAAGAGUCUGGCUGCGCCUCCAUCGACAUACCGAUACAUGUGUACCUGAAAUACAGCAACAGGCCAAAGAAAAUUCGUCUGAGAUACAGUCUGCAGAUCGAGAACAACAGCAAGAGCAACUCAGAGUCACGGUGCAUUUACUACGACUUCGAGAACCCGUCGGAGCAGCUGUGCGAGGCACUCAUGAGCGGCGGCGGCGAGGUGGUGGCCCGCGCCGGCGCGCCCGACGCCGGCCAGAAGCUGGUGGUGCUGCUGUCCGACGGCGGCGAAGACCCGCCCGCGCCCGCGCCCACUCCCGUGCCGGCCAAGCUGCACAAGGCCAAGAAGUACAAGUUCGUCGAGCCCGUGCAGUGCAAGCACAACGCCAAGAAACGCAAGUCUUAUAUAUUCGAAGAGAUUUGCUCAAAAUGUGGUCAUUCCAUUUACGUCGACUUCAGAAAACAACUACGCUCGGUGGCCAUGACCGAGGACGAGAUAAACUGCGUAUCACAGUUGUAUUUAUCGUACACUAGUUAUCAGAAGUCGGUGGAUGCGUUAAUUCUGCCGCCGAUGACGGACCCGAUAUACAGAGUGCCCAAGUUACCCAAAUCUUUGAGGAAAGCUCUAAAAGAAGUCGAAGAAGACUACACGAUGCUAUGAGCCAAAAAGUGCCUUCUGUUCGUCUACAAAUCAGUGCCGUGUUGUGAUAUUACUGGUGCCAUCAGAGACUUAUUGCAUGUGAUGCAAACAUAAUUAUCGUUAGACUAGACAACUCUGUUUAGUGAGCAUAAUAUUAAUUAUUUGUAAAGAAUCUAUAUUUUAAAGACUAUUUACUUUGGUUGUUCGAAUGUUGGUCGUUUAACUUAUUAAGUUUAUUAAAUUAGAAUUACCAUAAUCUAGUAACACUGAAAUACGUGCGCUGUGAGUAAGAUCUCAAUAACGUAAGAGAGGUAUCUAUUUUAAUUUGUAUCUGUUUCAUAUUAUAUUUUAUUUUAUUAUUAUCUACGUAUAGGAUAUGAGAUAACUUAACAGUUGGGGUUGUGAGUUACGUAAUUUAAGCUGAAUGUAUUGUGUUGAUUUGUAUUUUGUUAUCGCACACAUAAAAAGUGCCUAUCGAUAGAUUACGAUUGUUUAACAGGGUAUUAGGCAUAACGAGUUAAAUAAUCAAGAUUCAAGAAUGUAAUCACUUGCACAGCUACGUUUUCACUUGUAUUGGAUAUAAACUAUUUAUAAUGAAGUUAAUACUAAAACGCUAUUGAAAGGUCAUACUUUUCAUACUGUUGAGUUUGUUUCUACACACUAAGAAGUUAGAUAUUUUAUCAUAUGGACGAAAGAAGACUUUGUUACAUAAAUAAAAAUAUUCAUGUUUUAAAA